CAGCGAGUAGGCAAAAACUUUCGAACACCACGCACCUGUCCGCAGUUACGAAAAAGAUGGUUGCACAAACGGAGCUCCUCGAAAAGCUUGAGGAUUUCUUCUGCUCGCCCAAAUUCACUUGCGCAAUCGGGGACUUCAUGAGCGAGCAGACACCGCUGGUGCAGUUUGUGCCCCUUGACGAGGAGCAACCUCUACAAAACUUUGAUAUUUUCAAGCAGUAUACACAGCUAGUAGAGAGGCAGCUUGAGGAGUUCAUUCAAAGCGAGGGCCUCACGGUCAAGGACGUCUGUGCUGCAUGCAGCGCAGCACAAGACGACGAGGCCCACCUACACUUCGCUGCUAUCGAUUACUUGGUAGCCAGCACCGAGUACGAGAGCUUCAUGCAGCUGGCGUACGACCACCACUGCAUGGCGGUGUACCAGCCGGAUGACCUUACGGAAUGGGACCCCGAGGCGGAGGGAGCCGUAGCGCAACAGGAGGGAGAGCAGCAGGAGGCGUGAGGGCUGCCAGUGGAAUAGAACCCGCAACCCCUUCUAUGGGUCGAAGUAGGAAGUCUUAUGUGAGGGGGGAGGGGUCAACACUUCGCCCGGACUCGUAGGUACCCGUUAUAGGACAGGAGGCUAUGCUACGGUGCUAGGUAUGUGUACAAAUGGCGUAGGUAUACUAUAUAUUAGUAGUAAUGCGUGCGUGGGCUGUGUGCGAUGCAUUGCAUGUGAUGACCCUCGUGUGUUACAGCUCUGUUUUGGAACUCAAUGUAUCAGGUACUGUGCUGGGUGCACUGCUAGGCUAGUCUCAUGGGGCUUGCAUGAGAGGCCCAGGCAGGGCGGCCAUGUAUGCUGGCCAGCGGAUGACGUGCUCUCCUGACCAUGUGUCACCUGUCCCAGAGGGCUUGCAAUAGGUGCUGGCUACUGCCAAUGUGUGGCGUUUGGGUAGCUGUGUUCGAGUGACGGUUUGGACCUAGGAGUUUUGCAAUUAUGAGGGCUUUGGACUGGGGCCCACACGUGCUAGGGGCCAUAGUAGGCUCCCUAGUUGACGGAAAUUUAGGUUUCGCAAGGGAGCG